GCUAUUGGUUGCUAUGCAAAGACCAAUUAAGUUGACUUCCUGCUCUCUCUCUCUCUCUCUCCUCGCUCUGUCUCUCUCCCUCCCGCCCUCCCCCUUCCUCUCUUUCUUUGUUCCUUUCUUCUUUCACUGUUAAAUACAAGGGAUAACAGAAAAGUAAGAUUAGUUGGGAAGUCCGUAUGUGAAUACAUAUAGAUUUUCAUAUAUACCCAGGAAAUCAUGGAAGCCGGUGGCGGUGCGCCUGAGCCCGAAGGCCAUAAGCCGGACAACGUCCAGAAGAGCAACCAAAAUCACCACCACCGCCAUUUCUUCGGGCAGGCUACCCGGGUUGCGAUGUUUCUGGGGGUUGUUUUGGUGAUGCUCGUCGUUCUUUAUCGUUCCGCCUAUCCUUUCGAAGUUUUCCCACGGUGGUCUUCUUCUUCGUUUUUUAACUUCUCCUCCUCUUCGACGGACAAGGGAGAACGGUCCAAGUUGAAUGGUGUUUUAAAGAAGGCAGCCAUGGGAGACAAGACAGUGAUACUAACAACUCUGAAUGAGGCAUGGGCAGCUCCAAAUUCAGUAUUUGAUGUGUUUCUCGAGAGCUUCAAAAUAGGGAAUGGAACCGAAAGGCUUCUGAAUCAUUUGGUGGUGGUAGCGUUGGACCAAAAGGCCUACAACCGUUGCUUGGGCCUGCACCCUCAUUGCUAUUUCCUCAGAACCAGCGGCAAGAACUUCUCUGCUGUGGCAGUCUUCAUGUCUGCCGAGUACUUGGAUAUGAUGUGGAGAAGGAUUCUCUUCCUCCAAUCUGUUCUUGAGUUGGGUUACAACUUUGUUUUCACGGAUACUGACAUAAUGUGGUUUCGCGAUCCAUUUCCACGAUUUUAUCCAGACGCUGAUUUCCAAAUCGCAUGCGACUAUUUUUUUGGAGAUCCUUCACAUAUGAUGAAUAACCCCAACGGGGGUUUUAACUAUGUAAAAUCAAACAACCAUACAAUCAAGUUUUACGAAUUUUGGUACAGCUCAAGAUUGACCUAUCCACAACUUCAUGAUCAAGAUGUGCUUAAUAGGAUUAAAAUGGAUCCAAUCUUGGGCGAGAUUGGAGUCACAAUCAAGUUCUUGGAUACACAAUACUUUGGUGGAUUUUGUCAGCCAAGCCAUGAUUUCAACAAAGUUUGUACAAUGCAUGCCAAUUGUUGUGUUGGUUUGCAUAAAAAAAUCCAUGAUCUUAAGGCUAUGCUUGAGGAUUGGAGGAAAUUCUUGGCCUUGCCAGAUAAUGUAAAGGCAUCACAACCAACAUCUUGGACAGUUCCAGACAAAUGCAGCCUUAAAAAUGAUGAUAUACCUUAGAAGAUUCAACAAGGAAGCAACAAUUUUGGAAGUGUCUGCACUUAUUGAUGGAGUACAAAACACUUACAAUGAACUACAUGGAGUUAGCUCAUUUGGCUAGGACUCUUUUAUUUCACAAGAAGAUUAAGAGAUUGAAUCUCUUCACAUGUGUGAGAGUGUUAUUCCCUUAGAGAAGUUUUUCCUUUCGUUCUUUGUUUCUUUCCUAUGCUGAGCUUAUUUCUUGCAUUGGCUUAUUUGUUGGGUUUGAUUAUCUCGUGAGUUCUCACAAGUGAUGUAAUGUCUCGGAUUUGUACUUUGUAAUUCAUACAUGACCUUGUGCAGAUUUUUUCCUUUUUCCUUC